GGAUGACAUACAGCACACACGAAGGCGAAUGUUGCAACAUCCAGAAUUGAUUCUUUCUGAUGACCAGUUGGAGAAAUUUACGUUGGCUGAAAUAGAGAAAUUGUUGCGAGGUCGCGGAAAGAGUUUACGAGAUUACCCUCCGAUGCCAACAGUUACAUUGGAUUCACUGCUUUCUUCCAAUGACAGGAUGAUAUACGAAGAGCUGAGCUAUGACCGGAUCGCAAUGGCUGAAGAGCAUACAACAUUGUUCACUUCCCUGACGGAUGAGCAACUGCAUGUCUAUGAAACGAUUAUGCAUUCCGUGGAAGGGGAGACCGGAGGUGUUUUCUUUGUAUACGGAUAUGGUGGAUCCGGAAAAACAUUUGUGUGGAAGACGCUUUCUGCCGCCCUUAGGUCUAAGGGUGAGGUCGUCCUCAAUGUUGCAUCGAGUGGGAUUGCUUCCCUGCUUCUUCCCGGCGGGCGAACUGCACAUUCUCGAUUUGCCAUCCCAAUUAGUUUGAAUGAAGAUUCAACGUGCAACAUUAAGCAAGGGAGUCCUCUUGCUAGACUUAUUGUACGAUGCAGACUCAUUAUUUGGGAUGAGGCUCCAAUGUUGCACAAAUUUUGUUUUGAGGCAUUGGACCGCAGCAUGAGAGAUAUUAUGCAGUUUCACAAACAAAAUAGUGUAUCUUUGCCUUACGGUGGAAAGACUGUGGUAUUCGGGGGUGACUUUCGCCAAGUCCUCCCUGUAAUACCUAAUGGGAGCAGACAAGAUGUAGUCAAUGCCACAAUCAAUUCCUCUUAUUUGUGGUCUAAUUGCACCGUUCUUCGUUUGACCAAAAACAUGCGUCUGCAGAAUUUGACAAGUGAAGAUGAAUCAUAUGAUUUGAAGAAGUUCUCGGAAUGGAUUGCGAGUAUUGGUGACGGCGUCUUGGGUGAAGAAAAUGAUGGAUUUGUGUCGAUUGAUAUCCCCGAUGAUCUGUUGAUUCACACAAAUGGUGAUCCUAUAGCUGCCAUUGUGGAAAGCAUCUUCCCCGAGUAUUUAGCAUCUGCAAAUGACAUUAGUUGUCUGCGAGAUCGUGCAAUACUGGCCCCAACACUUGCCGUAGUAGAAUCUGUUAAUGAAUAUAUGAUGGGUCUCAAUGUUGGUGAAGUAUCCAGGACUUAUCUUAGUUCUGAUAGUGUGUCGAAAGUAGAUUCAUCUACCGAUCUCAUGGCAGAACUGCACACGCCGGAAU